CGGAUGUUUCCCUUCAGCUGCCUGCCGAUCACUUACACGCUGACAAGGCUUCCCUUCCAGUCCUGUUCAGAUCGCGCCGUCUCCUCUCUCUCUCAACAGCACACUGACUGGACUAGUCGCAUGCUCGCACAUUAAGGACGGCUGCUGUAAGUGGAUUGUACGCAGCUCGCAGAGUCGCCUUGGAGUGCUCUUUACCAUUUCCACUCUUGUGGGUUGGGAGGAGACGUCUCCUUGCGAAACCGGCAGGAACAAAACCCACUGCAAGUUACACAUUUCCCUCCUUAGAAUAAUGCAGGAGUAGUCUCGGACAUUUGAUUUCAGUUUGUCAAACAGAGGUGCAAAUAAGCGGUUAUGCUUGCUUUUGCUGCUCCUUGCUUGGUAUACAGACAAUUUGUAUGUGGCUCCUGCAAAAUGAGAGAAAAUGUUUAACUGACCAACAGCAAUUGAUUCAGAAAGUUCAUUCAUCCAGCAGUAGAAGUUAUGACUGCUGGAGAAGAAUAAUCUAAAGAUUAGAGGAAGUUGAACACAUGGGAAAAUGCUGUUUGAAUCUUGUGGUGGCUGUACAGCUACACCUUCUUGUUGAACUAUAGUGAAAAACUACAUUGCAUAGAGUUAGUGAUGGAGAUAAAUUGGAUCACACAGCUGUUUCUUCUCAUUGCUUUUAUCUUGGUUUUUAUCGGAGCAAUUCCAGAAGAGAAGAAUAAGAACCUUACUGAAGUGAUUGAUACGAAUAAAACAGAAGAAAUCUAUUCCAUGGGAGUAACAUGGAAUAAAAUCAUGACAGCACAAUAUGAAUGUUACCAGAAAAUUAUGCAACCUCGUGUACACGAGCAUAAAGGUCCUCAUUGCAAUAGAACAUGGGAUGGCUGGCUCUGCUGGGAUGAUGCUGCUGUGGGAGAAACAGCAGUACAGCACUGCCCUGAUUAUUUUAUGGACUUUGACCCUGCAGAACAAGCUUUUAAGGUCUGCAAGGAAAAUGGAAACUGGUUUGUGCACCCGGAGAGUAAUAGAACAUGGACAAACUACACACAGUGUGCUACAGGGAUAAAUUCUAAACUGCAGACAGCUCUGAAUUUGUAUUAUCUCACUAUCAUCGGCCAGAGCCUUUCGAUGGUUUCACUUUUGAUUUCUCUUGGAAUAUUCACCUAUUUUAAGAGCCUGAGUUGCCAGAGGAUCACUUUGCAUAAAAAUCUCUUUUUUUCUUUUGUUUGCAACUCCAUUGUUACAAUUAUUUUUCUGACAGGAAUUGCCAACAAUCAGAACUUGGUUGCGGCGAAUCCUGUUGGAUGCAAAGUGGUUCAAUUUUUCCACCUUUAUUUGAUGGUUUGCAACUACUUCUGGAUGCUCUGUGAAGGCAUUUACCUGCACACACUCAUUGUGGUGGCUGUAUUUGCAGAGAAACAGCACUUACUGUGGUAUUACCUUCUUGGAUGGGGAUUCCCGUUGAUUCCUGCCUGCAUUCAUGCUGCAGCACGGAGCAUAUAUUACAAUGACAACUGCUGGAUCAGUUCUGACACUCUUCUAUUGUACAUCAUUCAUGGCCCUAUUUGUGCUGCUCUUUUGGUGAAUCUCUUUUUCCUCUUGAACAUUGUUCGUGUUCUGAUAACCAAGCUAAAAGUCACCCACCAGGCAGAAUCCAAUCUCUACAUGAAAGCUGUCAGAGCCACCCUCAUUCUAGUGCCCCUCCUUGGCAUUGAAUUUGUCUUACUUCCCUGGAGACCUGUGGACCGUAUUGCCGAAGAGAUUUAUGACUAUGUGAUGCAUAUCCUUGUGCAUUAUCAGGGUUUGUUGGUGUCCACAAUUUUCUGCUUUUUUAAUGGAGAGGUCCAGUCUGUUCUGACAAGACAUUGGAAUCAAUAUCGGAUCCAGUUUGAGCACAGCUUUGCCCACUCUGACGCUCUUCGCUCAGCUUCUUACACAGUCUCCACCUCUCUCACGGACGGCCAAAGCUACAAUCACGAUUGCAACAGUGAACAUUUAAAUGGGAAAAGCUACCAUGACAUGGAAAAUAUUGGUUUUAAAGCUGACAAGUUGUAUGGCUGAUUCACAAGACUCUAUUUUGUAUGAAUGACUUCAUGAACAGAGAGGACCUUUUUUGUCGAGCUUCGGACAUGGUUGAUCUUGAAGGAUAUGAUGAAUUUCAGUGCGUUUCCCAUAUGUGCUCAUGCCAUUAGCAUAGUAUCUUACUUGUGAGUGUGUUGUUCUUGUUCAUUUGUACACUGGAGCUAGUCAUGCCCAUCAAAUGAAAUGUUAGACUUCGACCUCUGGAUUCUCAACAUCUAGAAAAAUACUUGUUGAAAUUUUAAUUGGGAUCAAUCAAGCUCUAGUUUUAUGCAUCUGUGUAUAUGUUUUGUACAUAUAAAUAUUAUCAAAAUGGAUAACUUUGCCUCCUCAGUUUCUACUGUGUAGACAAAGUGAGCAAUUAUUUUGUAUGAAGGGAUUCAAAAGAGGUUUCUUAUUUUUGCAGUAGUUUGUAUCAUGACUGGGUUCUCUUUGAGGCCAUUUUGCUUGCUCACAAAAACUUGUAAAUACUGUAUUUAUCAUAUUAUGUUGUCUUUCAGUGCAACCAACAAACAUAACCUGAAUUAGUACCAAAUGCAGAUUCAGUAUUGCAAAGCACAAUUCAGAUUGACUGUGCUUCAUUUAACUUUGACAAAGAUAGAUAGUAAAUCUGCUGUAUAAACAAUAAUUCAAAUCCAGUUUAAAAUCAGUAGUGACUUACCUGAAUCAUAAUUAAAGUGUUCCAAUGGUUUUAGUAAGCCGUAACCUGCAAUCCUGUGCACACUUAUUUAGGAUUAGGAUCCAUGAAACUCAACGAGACUAGCUUUUGAGUAAACAUUCAUAGAAUUGGGCUGUUAGUCACCACUAAACCUUAGCUCAAUAGGAGCCAAUAUGCUGGCUAGUUUUGUCUAGGGAUGUGCACAAAACAGAUUUUGUUUUUUGUUUUGAGCUUGAAACAAAAUUCAGAAGGCCAAAACGUUUUGUUGAAACAGCGGUCAACCCAGUUGUUUCAAUGGAACAAAACUCGAAAUGUUUUGAGUGGUUUCAACCAUAGGGAACAAUGGGGGAACUUGAAACACCCAAUUGUUCCCCAUGUGUAGCUCCUAGGAACACCAAAGUGGGUUGGGUGGUAGGGCAUGAUGGUUGCUACCUACUACCCAACCCACAAAAGAUAUGGGCAAGUGGGCUAUUUUUAACUAAUUUUUAACCUUUACCACAAGCCCCCAUAGGAUUGCAAGCCAGUGCCAGAAAACUAAUCAGCAAGGACCUCUAAAAUGGUGCUCCCUAAGUUUCGAAUUGAAACGGCAUUGUUUUAUCUUGAAGCAGGCCCUUUCUUUAAAAGGUUUCGUUUUGAGUUCGAAAUGGCUUGUUUUGAGUUGAAACAUUUCAGCGUCAAAACUUCUUGCAUAUCCCUAGUUUUGACCACUGUUUUGGACUGAGCAUAUUACAAAGGCAUUCGGAAUAUUAAGGCCAGCAUUUUAUUGUGUACUUCUGCCAUUUCAAGGUUGUUCUACAGAGAUGCUUGGUUUACAAUUACUAAUACUCACAUUUGCUGCCUCCUUCCAAUCUUUUGCAGCUAUGGGAACUGUGAUGCACAUUUGGAGCUCUAAUGUGAUGAAUAGGUUUCCCCACGCCUUUAAUAAAGGGAUCCUGUCCAGUUGCUCUGUGUUUGCACUAGAGCACACAGCCCGUUUGAGUCUCUUUGUCCUGAAAAUAAUUAUGGUGUAAACAGAGCCCAAGUACCACAAACAGAUAAUGGUUAGCACUUCAGUUCAAGCGUUUAAGCCUAGGCAAUAUCUGACUGUUGGUCAAGAGCAUGUUGGCUUUUGCAGGGGAAUGCCUGAAGGCAGUUUACUUUCCUUUUGCCCUCUAUUUUUGUUCAUUGGAAGUCACUCAGACAUAGAUAUUGUUUUGUCUUGUGCAGAACUCUCAAGAGCCUACAACCAGCACUUUAUACUAGAAAAAGUGUGGAGUAUCUUCCACUAUCUUCUGAAAAUGAACUGCAGUUCUGCACGCAGUUAAGCUGCUUAAAUCCAAUUGAAGUUAAUAGGAUAUGUGAGAGCCUAACUGUGCAGGCUUGCAGCUAUAGCCUUAUGAGAAAAACCUCUUAAGGUCUGUAUAGAAGAGUUAGGUAAGGAUUUUCCUUAUUAAUUUGUGGUGGUUGAUGUUACUGGGCUUUAUUCUGCUGCUUUCACUUAAACUGAGAAGAGCUUUCAGUGGAUAAUAGCUCUGUUUGUAUUUUUAGCUAAUCACAGUUGUGGAAAAUACUUUGUAGUAUUAAAAACAUCAGGAAGUCUUGUAAGAACUGUCUUGAAAUGCAGCAUGCUGUGCUUUUGUGAAAUGUUUUAAUUUUUUUUAAAGUAUGUAUGUUGAAUACAUACAGUGGUGGGCCACUGUGCGAAACAGGAUGCUGGACUAGAUGGGCCUUGGGCCUGAUCCAGCAGGGCUGUUCUUAUGUAAUGAGUAAGAACAUGGAACUAAGUGAAAAAGUGAGUGCUUGGAAUGACUUGGCAAAAAAAAAAAAAAGAUUCCCCCCACCCCCAGAGUCUGUAAUUUAAUGUGAAAGACAGAGAUGUUCAGCUUCUAUCAUAGUUGAUAGGAUUUUCUCCUGCAGAAGUAUUUCUGACUGUGAAAGCCACUGGGGAAGAAUGAAAAGAAACUCUAUCUCCCCCGCCGCACGCGCGCACCCCCCCCCCGAACAAUCUGUUUUCAAGUGUUGUGGUGAAACAUGAAGUGUCCGACUUGCUUCUUUUUCAAGGUUGUAUGUUAAUUGUCAUUUAACGGGCUUCUAUAGGCAGCUAAUUAGUUAGUUGCAAUGCUUAGGGGGUCAAAAGGCUUUGAAUGAUUGUCAACAUGAUUUUAUCAUUACAUUCACAGGAAAGCAUUACAGAAAGUUUAGUGAAUGCUUGCUCUUUGCUCCUUUUUUCAGUAUGCUACUGGCUGUUUGUUAUUGGCUGAAUAUGAAAUGGCUAUUGAUGUUACAUAUUUAACAUUAUUCUCAGGGCCAUUUCUUCAUUUUGAAAAGUGUAGAUGUAUGCAGAGCUCAGUGCAGGUCACAAAUUCCCUAGAAGAAAGGAAAAUUCAGCUUCCAAAGAAUCUCUCUUUUAAGAAAACAAAACUAAACACUGCUUUUACCCUAUAUGGUUGUGAACGUUGUUAUGGCUGUUUGAUAGCAUGUAAAUAAUGCCUGGUGCCAUCUCAGAAGCCAGAGCUAUUGCUAAACAAGAUUUCCAAUUGUCAGAAGGAACUCUUCCACUGAAAGAUCUUACAGUCCCUCAUAUUUGUAGCUGGGAUAGAUCUCAGCCUCAUACCCUGGUUUAUUUUGAAACGUGGGCUAGAAUAAACCAGGAUUCCUCAGUUUGAAUACAAUGAGAGAUCCUAGUUUGUCCAGGAUAAGAAGUAGAAUUCCUCCUCUCCUCACAUUCAAAGUUGGAGUUGGCAGGGGUGGGGGCGGGGGCGCACACAUGCCUGAUUAAGGGACCUCUCAUGAAACCAGGCUUAUGUUAUGUCUGAACCGGGCCAAUGUCAUGUUUUAAUUAAACUCAACUGCAUGCAUCUUUCUUGAGAAGAUGACACACAAACCCUGCUGUUGGCCCCAUCCCACAUCACUGAACAGCUGUUGGACAGCAUUUUUCCUUGGAUCUCAGGACAUGGGUGUGGUAUCCUGUCUUUCAAAAGUAACAUGAGACCCUCUGAUGUCCAGCAAUCACUUGAACAUUUUUCUCUUCAUAGAUUUUGAUCUAAGAAACUACUUAGUUGACACAUCUGCGUAAAAGUCAGAAUAAGCUGAUCACACCCAAGGCCAUGCUGUGGCUUUCUUAUGAUGGGGAAUUCUCUGCAUAUGUAGUGUAGGAUCUCUGUGUGCCUCUGGAAUAUUUUUUUCAUAGAAGACAAAUGGAAAAUUCUUGGACUUUGGAUUGGCCUCAUGUCUGUAAUAGGACAGACACUGCCCCAUUACAUUUUCUGGCAGCCACUUUUAUUUAUUUCUAAAGGACCCACCAACAUAAUUUUAACCUUCUUUAAGACCCACCUAUCAUUUCCUUGCACUGAUGCUGGAAAUUAAAACACUUUCAACUUUGGUGCUGCACUGUCACAGCACAGGGCUUUUUCAAAUAUGCAUGUCCUUUACAUGAUCUGUCAUUACUUGUGGAUUCUCAGGUGACUAAGUGAAUCUUCUCUGUUGAAAAUGUUUUACAUGAGAAUGGAUAUCAGGUGAUAGGAAAGCUCUCUAGUGACUAAUCUGUGAUAAGUCAUCAUUUGGUGUUGUAAUUGGGAUAAUCAUGCCUAUGUGAACCAAGUCUUAGUGCAGGCCUGCUCAGUUUAGGCCCCCAGCGAUUUUUUGGACUACAACUCACAUAAUCCCCAGCUACAGUGUCCAAUAGCCAGGAAUUAUGGGAAUUGUAGGCCAACAUCUUCAGGAGGGCUGAAGUUGAGCAGCCCUGUCUUAGUGGCUUACACCCAGGAAUCCCAUGAGCAAAUGGUAGGUUCUAACUCAUCUGUCUAGAAAUCAUUAUAUUCUCAUAUGGGAAGGAUGAUGUGUUGUGUUCUAAAUGUUAGUGGACAUUUUGGAAUAAUGGCAUUUCUGAAGGUUGUUGAAAUCUCUUUUAAAACUAUGCCACUUCCAUUUCUUUCUGUUAUUCACUGCAAAUAUACAUCAGCAGGAUUCAGAAAGGGGAAUGUUUUUUAAAGCUCUUACCUUGCAUUUGUUAUCUGUAACAAUAACUCUCUAAAUUUUUAAUGUUUCUGGAUAUUUCUUCAAAUUAAUGAAUAUCUAUUUUGCUGCUGCUGCAUUCAGUUAAUAAAAUGUCAGAAAUGA